UGUCAUGUAAAUGAUGCACACGGAGAAUAAGGCCCAGACACAGUGUCUCAUUCAUUGACCUAAAAGAGCUUCUAUAAAACUUGUGCCCCAUUUGACAGACUUUCAUUCAAUAUACAUUUUGCUGGAAAAAAAAAAAAAUCUUGAGGAGAAAAGGAAAGGGAUAUUAGAAAUCAGAAGGGAGGUAAUCUUUUAGAAAAUGGAAAAAUCAGCAGCGAUUUUCGAAAGCGAUUUAAAUCUGAAGGCAACUGAGCUGAGAUUAGGAUUGCCUGGAAGAGAAGAUGAAGCUGAGCAGCAAUCUUCUUCUUGUCUCAAGAAUAUUAACAAAAGGCCUUCAUCAGAAAUGGAUUAUAGUACAAGAAAAGAAGAUGGGAAGAAAGAAUUUGUUGCCCCAGCUCCAAAGGCACAAAUGGUUGGCUGGCCACCAGUUAGAUCUUACAGGAAAAAUGUGCUGAAAAAACCCGAACCCGGAACAGAUGGAUCGGGUAUGUUUGUGAAAGUGAGUAUGGAUGGAGCUCCAUAUUUAAGGAAGAUUGAUCUCAAAUUCUACAAAAACUACUCUGAUCUUCUCAAGGCCUUAGAGAGCAUGUUCAACUGUGCCAUAGGGGUGUACUCAGAGAGAGAAGGGUAUAAUGGAUCUGAAUUUGUACCAACUUAUGAAGACAAAGAUGGAGACUGGAUGCUAGUUGGAGAUGUCCCAUGGGAUAUGUUCAUUAGUUUUUGCAAGAAGCUGAGGAUUAUGAAAGGGUCUGAAGCUAAAGGAUUAGGUUGCCUUUAGAUAUGCUAACACCAAGUUCUUUUUUUUUUUUUUUUUUCGUUCUCUUUCUUGUUCCAAGAAAAUUCAUACAGAAUCUGGCAGACAAACAUAGAUUUGGAUCUGGGAAAGUAGGCAUAUAAACAGUUUCAUAGGACUUUUAUCCUUGUCCCGCAAAUGGGAAGUGUAAGGGGAUGUGUUUGAACUUUGAACAUCUUUUAUUUUUCUUCUUGUUUUGUUGUAUAAAUGAUAGACAGAUCUCUGUGCUUUUAUUCCUUUGUUUCCUUUGCAAUUUUCUGCAGAUUCUCGUGUGAAAAGUUUACCUUUCGCACAUGAACUGCUAGCAUCUAUGUAAAUCCAUCAAAAACUUGAAGAUUGAAGAUCAUCCGAC